AUGGAUGAUAAUAGUCGUACAUUAUUUAUUGGUGCUUCAAUAUUAAAUAUAUCAAAUAAGAAUACAAAUGAUGAUUUAAAUAAUACAAUGUUAUCUGUAUUAUCAACGACAGAAGAAAUUGAAGCUGAUAUAUUAAAUGAUGAAACAUUUGGUGAUUGUAAUUUAGAUACAAUUAAAAUGAAAUCAGAUUUUGAUGAAAAUGGUGAAUUUCUUGGUGAUAAUUCAUCAGAAAGAUUACCUGAUUUUUUUGAUUCAAAUAUUCUUGAUAAAGGUGGUGGAAUUUUACUUAUGGAUAAUAAUGAUCAAUCACAACAACCAUCUAUUGAUGCUUUACUUGGUGAAGAUCCAAUGUAUAUAACAACAACAUCUAUGAAUCUUCGACAAUCAACAAUGAAUCCAUUAUUUAAUAUGGCUAUAUCACAAGCAAAUAAUACUAAUCAUGAAAAUAUUUUUUCUCAACAACAAACAUCACGUUUAUCAUCAAUAACAUUACCAUCAUCAUCAUCACAGCAACAACAACAACAAAUAAAUUAUCCAUUAUUAAAACAAUUUGAACAAUUAUUAAUUAAUCAACAAAUACCACCACAAGAACGAAUACUUUAUCUACAAGCUAUGAUUGAAAAAAUGCAACGUAAUAUAGUAAAUAUUCAACAACAAACAACACAAAUUACAAAUAUGAAUAUCAAUGGUCAUAAUCGAUCUAAUGAAAUAAAUUCAAAUCAAAUUCUUAAUAACAAUUUAUUAUAUAAUCAACAAUCACAUCAAAAUACACAUACAAUGGCCAUAGGUGAAAUGAUGGAACAAGCUCGUUCAACAGCGAUGAAUAUAAAUAAUACACAUUCAAAAUCAUCAACAAUUAUUAAUAAUGGUAUGUCAUCUCAAUUUAUGGAUGCUAUACAACGAUCUGAUCAAAUUCCUAUUGUUGAUAAUCAUUCAUCAUCAUCACCACUUGAUACAAUUGUUAGUCCAUCAUCAUAUCAUCAUAAUCAUUCACGACAAAAUCGACCAGCUAAACAUUAUCCACGACCACCACUUCUUAAUACAUGGCAAGGACGUGGUUCUGGUCAUGAUGAAUUUGCUGGUAUGAUGAGUGAUCGUGAAAAACAAUGGGUUGUAAAAAUUCAACUUCAUCAAGUAUCACAAACACCAGAUGAAGAUUAUUAUUUUCAUAAAUGGUCACAACAAAAACAUCAUAUACAACAAACACAUGCUAAUCAAACAAAUCGUCAUAUACAUCGUGGACAAAAAAUUAGUUAUCCAGUACUACAAUUAUUAAAAUCAAUUCAACAAGAAAAUGAACUUGUUCAACAUUUAUCUCCAACAUCUACACAAGCAACAUUUUCUAAUGUAAAUCCUACACAAACAUUACCAUAUGCAUCACCAAUAUCAACACAACUUGGUAAACAAUCAAUAGCAACACCUCGACAUCCAAGAUGUAUUCUUCAUCUUGAUGGUCAAUUUUCAUUAGGUAGACGAGCAAAUGCUAUAACACAUGAUAAAUAUACAUUAGGUCUAUUAUUAAAUAUUGAAAAUUUAUAUCGUGAUAUAUUACGAUUAGAUAAUGAUAAUAAUAAAUUAUCAAUAUUAAAUCCUACAGAAUUAGAAUCAACUAAUGAAACUUCUCAAAUAUUAACAACAACUACUAAUCAAUCAAAACAAUUAUUUAAUUCAAUUAUUAAUCAUUAUUUAAAUGAUAAAAAUUAUUUAUUUGCUGAUAUGUUUGGUCAAUUUAAUAAAGGUCAAAUUAUACUUCAACGUUUAUAUCCAUAUUUAAAAACAACAAAUUAUCUUGAAUUAUUAUUUAUUCAUUUUUAUAGUUCAUUAAGUUAUAUGAUACGUCGAUGGUCAACAUCAUUUCAUAUUGAACAUAACAUUAUGAAUAUAAUUAAUCUUAUACAACAACAAAUUUAUAUUAAUAAAAUAUCAUAUGAACAAUUAUUAGCUAAAGUUUAUAUUUAUUAUAAUGAACAAAUGAAAGAAAAACUUAUUGAAUUUUAUUCUGAUGCAUUGUCAAGUCCAUUUUCAGAUCCAAUAUUAUUUACAAAUUCAUAUAGUGUAACUAUUUUAAUUGAACUUUUAUUAAUAUUAGAACGUCAAUGUUAUUUAUCAUCAACAUUACAAAUUAUACAACAAUUACAACCACAAUUACAAUAUCAAUUGAGUGAAUAUAUACGUUUAUUUGUUAUUGAUAUUUGUCAAGCACUUAUGACUUGUUCAUCACCAGUAUAUACAUUGAAAAAAAUUCUUAAACCAUUUGCACAAAUAAAACAUCAACAAUUUAUUUUACUAUGUAAAUUUCUUCGUAUGCAAAUAUCACAAAAUAUUUAUGAAGCAUUAGAACCAAAACUUAUCUAUUGUUGCAUUAAAGAUCAAUAA